UGCGCGGCGCCGCUGCUGGGCCAGUCGGGACGGAGGAGACAAGAUGGCGCUGCGAGCGAUGCGGGGCAUCGUGAACGGGGCCGCGCCUGAGCUUCCCGUAUCCACCAGUGGGCCGGUGGUGGGGUCUCGAGAACAGGUGCUGGCAAUUAGCCGGAACUACCUCUCCCAGCCUCGUCUCACAUACAAGACAGUAUCAGGAGUUAAUGGUCCACUAGUGAUCUUAGAUCAUGUUAAGUUUCCCAGAUAUGCUGAGAUUGUGCACUUAACACUACCUGAUGGCACAAAGAGGAGUGGGCAAGUUUUAGAAGUUAGUGGUUCCAAAGCAGUGGUUCAGGUGUUUGAAGGGACUUCAGGUAUAGAUGCCAAGAAGACAUCCUGUGAGUUUACUGGGGAUAUUCUCCGAACGCCGGUGUCUGAGGAUAUGCUUGGUCGGGUGUUCAAUGGAUCAGGAAAACCCAUCGACAGAGGUCCUGUUGUACUGGCUGAAGACUUCCUUGAUAUCAUGGGCCAGCCAAUCAAUCCUCAGUGUCGGAUCUAUCCAGAGGAGAUGAUUCAGACCGGCAUUUCGGCCAUAGAUGGCAUGAACAGUAUUGCUAGGGGGCAGAAAAUUCCUAUCUUCUCUGCUGCUGGCUUACCGCACAAUGAGAUUGCAGCUCAAAUCUGUCGCCAGGCUGGUUUGGUAAAAAAAUCCAAAGAUGUAGUGGACUACAGUGAGGAAAAUUUUGCGAUUGUAUUUGCUGCUAUGGGUGUAAACAUGGAAACUGCCCGGUUCUUCAAAUCUGACUUUGAAGAAAAUGGCUCAAUGGACAACGUCUGCCUCUUUUUGAACUUGGCUAACGACCCAACUAUUGAGCGAAUUAUCACUCCUCGCUUGGCUCUAACCACGGCUGAGUUCCUGGCCUAUCAGUGUGAGAAACAUGUAUUGGUUAUCCUAACAGACAUGAGUUCUUAUGCUGAAGCACUUCGAGAGGUUUCAGCAGCCAGGGAAGAGGUUCCUGGUCGACGAGGUUUCCCAGGUUACAUGUAUACAGAUUUAGCCACAAUAUAUGAACGCGCUGGUAGAGUGGAAGGUAGAAGUGGCUCUAUUACUCAAAUUCCUAUUCUCACCAUGCCUAAUGAUGAUAUCACUCACCCCAUCCCUGACUUGACUGGAUAUAUUACAGAGGGGCAGAUCUAUGUGGACAGACAGCUACACAACAGACAGAUUUACCCACCUAUUAAUGUGCUGCCCUCGUUGUCGCGGUUAAUGAAGUCUGCUAUUGGAGAAGGUAUGACCAGAAAGGAUCAUGCCGAUGUAUCUAACCAGCUGUAUGCAUGCUAUGCUAUUGGUAAGGAUGUGCAGGCCAUGAAAGCCGUAGUUGGAGAAGAAGCCCUUACGUCAGAUGAUCUGCUUUACUUGGAAUUUCUGCAGAAGUUUGAGAGGAACUUCAUUGCUCAGGGUCCAUACGAAAACCGCACUGUCUAUGAGACUUUGGACAUUGGCUGGCAACUGCUCCGAAUCUUCCCCAAAGAAAUGCUGAAGAGAAUCCCUCAGAGCACUUUGAGCGAAUUCUACCCUCGAGACUCUUCAAAGCAUUAGCUGCUACUUCAUCGCUGGCUCGAUGCUCUUGUGAAAUACUGGUCCUGUUUUCUUUAUUGCUUUUGCACUCCCCCAUCCCCACCUUUGUGUUGGAGUUUACUGUGUUACCCUGUAAUUAAAAACAAGGAAUAGGUAACAUAUUGUGCCAGUGUUGCAAUGUUUUAAACUGCUAACAGCCUUUAAAAUACCCCCUGUUCAGAAAACCUGGAACUUCAAUGCUUUGUUUAAAGUAGCUGAGGGUUGGAGGUGAAGUUUUCCUACUGACGUGUGUAUUUGUACAUAGUGGUGUAGUUAGCUGCCUAGUGUCCUCAUUAUUUGGGUCUCUCAGACCUUCCUUGUCCACCCCCUCAAGAGUAUCACUAUCUGAAGUUAUAAUGCUUUGAUCUCCAAACUAGAGACAAGAUAGGGCCUGAAAGACGCUUCCGCUCAGAGCCAAGACGCUUUCCUGAGCACUUGUUCUUAGAUUUUGGUGUGCCUCUGGGUCUGUGCUGCUGCUCUAAGCAGAUGGUUUUUACUGUCCACCUGCUGUUUCCUGUUUAAUGAAUAGAUUAGAAAAGGAGUUUCCUUUUCCUCUUUGGUAUGGAUAAGUUUCAACUCCUGUUUCUUACUGUUCUCCCUCCCUCUGAGUAGCACAGAAUCAUGCAGGUUUUGCCCGACUGGCCUUGAUCUGUUAGUAGUGAGAUGCCCUGUCUUGAUGAUCCUUACUGGGUUUCCAUGCAGAGGAAUCAUAAUUAAAAUAAUUAAUAGAAUUGUUGGUUGGAAAGAGUUGGGAUGCAAUUUUUUAAGAAAGAAAAACCUAUAUCGGUUCUACAUUUGGACAUGCUAACAGUGGUUUUAAGUUUCUAAAGUGUUUACCAGAUGCUAAAGGCAAGGUGGGGGAGAGAAAGCUCUUCUGUGUAUGGAAUUUUUUUAUAUAUAUAAUCUAUGGAUAUUUUAAACUCUGUUAGAUAGCAGCCUUUGGAAAAUCCCCUAUUUGGUCCUGCUUUCUGACCUAUCUGCCUUUUCAGGGUAAUCUUGUGGCACAAGUGAUAGCAUUUAAAAGCUUUAGUCUUUUAAUUCCUCCUCCUUCCUGCUGCGAGCCCUGAGCUGUCUUCUAUGCACUUCUGACAUGUCUACUGUUUGGUCUCUCUGUGUUCUUUGUUACUUGGGUGCAAUAGCAACUUCUCUGUGCAUUCCAUCUUUCUUUCAAGUUGUGUAAAGUUCUUCACUUUCUUUCUCUGAGGGUGUAGGGGGUGGGGGGAGUCAGCAUGAUUAUAUUUUAAUGUAGAAAAUGUGACCUGGAUAUAAAAUGAAAAUAAAUAUUAAGUUAAAUGGAAGUUA